GUAGAAAAACUCUCUGUAAGCAGUCCAUUAUUUCUAACGUCAAAAAGAAGGGAAAAAAAAAGUGGAAAUGGCUUCAAGGUUUUUUAUGUUUGGGAUAUUGUUUGGAAUGUGUUCAGUACUGUGUUUUGCAUCUGACCCAAGUCCACUUCAAGAUUUUUGUGUAGCAGACUCCACAACCUCAGUGCACGUGAAUGGGAGGGUAUGCAAGGACCCUAACCUUGUAGAAGCAGAGGACUUCUUUUUCAGUGGGUUGAACAUAGCAGGCAACACAUCAAACUCAAUCGGAUUCCAAGUAACACCGGCAAUCAUUCCAGGAAUCAACACACUUGGAAUUGUAUUAGCCCGUGCUGAUUUUGCACCAAAUGGAUUCAGUCCUCUUCAUACUCAUCCUCGCGCAGCGGAGAUAGUGAUAGUUCUCGAGGGUUGUGUUGAAAUUGGAUUUGUUACUUCUAACCCUGAGAAUCGUCUCUUCAUAAAAACACUUGAAGUGGGCGAUUUUUUUGUUGUACCAAAAGGCCUUGUACAUUUUCAGAGGAAUGUAGGAGAGGUUAACGCUGUUACCAUUGCGGCUUUAAGUAGCCAAGGACCUGGAACUAUUCGGGUUGCAGACGCAACUUUCGGAUCGGAUCCACCAAUUCCUAGUGAUAUUCUUGCUAGGGGUUUUCAAAUUGAUCAAAAGACGGCAAGUCAGAUACAAGGGCGUUUUUACUGAUGGAAUAUGAAGGGGAGGAUUGGACAAAUAUGAGAAUAAUGAUAAUUUGAUAGUUUUGUUAUGCGAUUUUCUAAUUUAAUUGUUUGUUUUCAUUGUCCGUUCGUUCAGAGUGUUGUGUGUUUUGCCCAUCCCUUGGCCAAAAUGCUACUCCAUUAGAAGCUAAAUUUAUCUAUUGCACGUAUGAAAUGUUUCUAUGUCAAAGAUCAAGACUUCGUCUCUAUUAAAUUUCCUUUGUUGUAUCACUAUAAAUCCCAGCCUUUGGUGAAGUCUUUCUCCUGCAACCAGAAAAUCUUGGGACAAUUAAAACCCAAG